AUGUCGUCACUUCCGUCCACCUCUGCCUUUAAGUACGCGCAACCCCGUCUGUCUUUCUUUUCGCACAUCAUGGCGGACCGGUUCAAUAAGGUUCUGCUACUUGAUGGCAGGGGCCACCUUCUGGGCUGGCUUGCUGCCCUUGUGGCUAAACAGGUUCUGCUUGUGAAGUACCUGGCCUUCCUGCGCAAGAUGAACACCAACCCCUCAUGUGGACCGUACCACUUCAGUUUCUGGAGGACUGUAAGAGGUAUGCUGCCCCACAAAACCAAGAGAGGACAGGCUGCUCUUGAGAGGCUGAAGGUGUUUGACGGGAUCCCCCCGCCCUAUGACAAGAGGAAGCGCAUGGUUGUUCCAGCUGCUCUUAAGAUUGUGCGCCUGAAACCCACUCGCAAGUUCGCCCUCCUUGGGCGUCUGGCACACGAGGUCGGCUGGAAGUACCAGGCCAUCACAGCCACCCUGGAGGAGAAGAGGAAGGAGAAGGCGAAGCUCCGCUACGGCAAGAAAAAGACACUGAUCAAGCUGACCAAGGUGGCAGAGAAGAACGUCGAGAGCAAAAUUACAAAAUACACAGACGUUCUGAAACAAUAUGGAGUCCUUGUUUGAGCUGGUUGUCUUUGGCCAAUAAAGAUAAAUAAAUGUUUAUAAAAAGUG